AUGCGAACCAGUCCUGUUCGUGAAAAAAAAAAACCAGAAACGUAUAAUGUUCAAGGAAUCAUUUGAUGGAUUUGCCCUAAGUGAGAAGUAAGUGCUAAUGUUGGCUUAGGGGAGGGGUAGGUGGGCAGUUUCCCAGACAUGUAUAGUGAUCCAAGGGAUCGUUUGAUGGAUUUGCCCUAAGUAAGAAGUAAUUGCUAAUGGUAGCUUAGGGGAGGGGUAGGUGGGCAGUUUCCCAGACAUGUAUAGUGAUCCAAGGGAUCAUUUGAUGGAUUUGCCCUAAGUGAGAAGUAAUUGCUAAUGGUAGCUUAGAGGAGGGGUAGGUGGGCAGUUUCCCAGAAACGUCGAAUGAUCCAAGGGAUCAUUUGAUGGAUUCGCCCUAAGUGAGAAGUAAGUGUUAAUGUUGGCUUAGGGGAGGGGUAUGUGGGCAGUUUCCCAGAAACGUAUAAUGAUCCCCCUUGGGAUUAUUUGAUGGAUUUGCCCUAAGUGAGAAGUACGUGUUAAUGUUGGCUUAGGGGAGGGGUAGGUGGGCAGUUUCCCAGAAACCUAUGAUGAUCCAAAUUAAGUGAGAGAAUUCAUCAUCAUUUUACUGUUUUAGUUGAUAGCCUUCGAAGCACUGGUUACCUCAUGCCUCAUAUUAAGAGAGGUUGUUACUUUUCCCUUUCCGGUUUUUGCAGAAAUUCUAAAAACGCAUUAACCUAAAAAAGGUAACCUGUUAAACACUGGCAUAGAGUCCUGCAGAUCUGCUAAGUACAAAUUGAAUAUAAAAGGACCUAAUAUGGAGCCUUGUGGGACGCCAGACACUACCUAUUCCUUGUCCUAGAUCACAGCUGAUGAAAUGACGAUUGAUUCCCCGCCAAAGACAUAAUAUCUAUGUUACGUGUAUACUUUAUCGUUAUUUCCCACGUACCACAAUUGUAUCUCUGUGUUUUCCAUCAAAAGGCAAGAAUUCCCUGAUGCAAACUUUGAAACCUUCAGAAUUUACAUUCUCCAACCAUACAUAAACAGCAUCAGUUUGCUUUGUACUGCGGCCGUACUUUGCGGAAACAAACACGUACGGCUUAGAGGCAAAGCUCUGGAAGACAAAAUACGAGGUCAAAUGAGCCUAUGGACAAUGAAAUGGACGUAGAUUGACUGAAAUUUGAUCCAUCUAUUAAUCCGGGACAGAGGCCUUGGUUUUGACAACGUUAACAAGGGCGGAUUCAGAGGAGUGGGCCCAGGACGCCCAGGCCCCCACCUUUUGUACAGGAAUUGUUUUCUUUUGUAAACGUGUGUCAGAUGGUACGUCGAGCUUUGUUACUUAACUAUAUUUUCUUAAAUAAACAUUGUUAACACUGAAGAAAAUUUAUCGAACGUUGUUCGAAUCAACCGCCCUUAUAAACUAGCUUGAAACCGACAAACUGAAAGAUACUACUGAUACCUUCCAACUUGCAGAAGCUUUAAAAGUCUUCUCAAAAGAAAAUCAUUCGUCACUAUUUGCCCGAUCUUACACUGCCAAGGCGUGCGUCUCAGAAGCCAGAGCUGUGGAAGCGCUUUUGGUAUGGUAAUUUUCUUUCAAUUUUACAAAGAAUACAGCACAGUUUCACUAAGUUUAUAUGUACUCAUGUACAUGGUUAUGAAACGUUUUUUCAGUGAUACGCGAAGGAAACCAUUUCUGUUUUGCGAUAUAUGUAAGUUGUUGCUUUCAUUUUCAGGAUAAAUAGAACCGAAAAACCCUCCAUUUUACAAGAAGAAUUGGCAGCCUGUAACAAAGGCCUAUACUCCAAACUCCACACAAUUUUGCGGCUCCUAAUGAUCGGCCCUGUCACAAGUGCAACCGUGGAACGUAGCAACUCAUCACUGCGCUUUGUAAAGAGUUGUUUUAGAAGCACCAUGAGAGAACACCGCCUUAACGCACUGUCGCUGCUCUUUAUUCACAAGGACGUUGCUCUGGAUUAUGAUGCAAUUAUUGACGACUAUGCCAAGCGCAACAAGAGAAGGAUGACAUUUAUCAAUCCCAUGCAAUGA